GCCAACAAGCUGAAGACACGAACGCAGCGGAAUACCCUGAACCCCGUGUGGAACGAGGGGCUGACGUACACGGGCAUCACGGGGGAGGACAUGGCCCGGAAAACCCUGCGGGUCUCGGUCUGUGACGAGGACAAGCUGACCCAUAACGAGUUCAUCGGGGAGACCCGGGUGCCGCUCCGGCGCCUCAAGCCCGCCCAGAAGAAGCAUUUCAACAUCUGCCUGGAACCCCAGAUCCCGGUGAGCCCCCGGCCCCUCCCCCCAGCCAGAUGUGCCCUGCUGGACGUCCCAGAUGU